ACAAGUCCACCAUCAUAUGUUCAGACAUUGUCACCCACCAUACACAGAUGCAUAAAGGCCAAGAACCUAGACUUCCUCACAUCAGGUCCUCACUCUUGGGACUCUCUCCAUAGCUUGCCAGUUGCCAGGUGUGUUGCUUCCUUGAGGAGAUGGAGGCUGCAGCCGAUAGACUUUGAUCUGGUCCCCAGCAGGUUGGGAGGUAGAAGUACCAUAGGGUUGCUUUACUCAUGCUCAGCUGCUUGGCUUGAUUCCUCUGCAGAUGUUUUUGAGCUGAGGGAGUUUGCUGUCACUGACAAAAGAGAUCUUCUGUGGCUGUGCAUCCUCUGCAAAACAAUUCCAGAUUUCUUUUUGGUCAUGCAUGCUUGCAGCUCCCAACUACCUUUUCAGAAAGAACUGUUAGAGAUUUGAUUAAGGCUUAGGAAUGUUGCAUGAAUCCUUCUGUUGGAGUGGGUGAGAGAUGAGCAGUAGUAAUCUUGUGCGUUUCGGCAGGAAGAACAGGUAAAUGGGCACGACAAUGGCGACGCAGGGAGUCGGAGGAAGGCAGCAGUCGCAGGUCCAAAGCUUGGCCAGGCAAGGGUCCAUCUACAGCCUCACCCUCAACGAGGUCCAGAGCCACUUGGGCGAGCCCCUGCACAGCAUGAACCUCGAUGAGCUCCUCAGGAGCGUGUUCCCGAGCGAGGAGCACCAGUCCUCGGGAGCUGACGCUGGUGGUGGCCAUGGCGCCCAGGACCCGCGCCUUCACCGCGAGGGGAGCGUCACCAUGCCGCGUGUUCUGAGCAAGAAGACGAUCGACGAGGUGUGGCGGCACAUCCAACAAGGGCAGAAGGAGGCCGAGGAGGGCGUCAGGGACUACGGACGGCAGUCCACUCUGGGGGAGAUGACCCUUGAGGCCUUCUUGUCGAAGGCUGGGAUAGUCACAGAGGUAGCUGAUAGGAGCCGAAGCAGUGAAAUCGGCAACGUAGGUUUCAUGCCGAGGUCGCAAUGGUUACAGCAGUAUCAUCAACGCCAACAUCAACAGGCGCAACAGAGCAUUGCGGGAGCUUAUGGGGGUCGGCAGCUGCCCCAACCUUUGGCCAUAGUUGAUGCAGUGUAUCACGAGGGGGAAGGAGCUAAUUCAUCCCCAUUCAAUCCGCAGACGCCAAGGAGGAAGAGAGGGCCUGUGGAGGACAUGGCGAAGAAGACGGUCGAGAGAAGGCAGAAAAGAAUGAUCAAGAACCGGGAGUCAGCAGCCCGUUCACGAGCUAGGAAGCAGGCUUACACCAAUGAGCUGGAGAAUAAGGUUUCCAGACUUGAAGAAGAGAAUCAGAGGUUGAGACAGCAAAGGGAGCUAGAAGCUAUGAUACACCACAUCCCCCAGCCCGAGCCGAAGCAUCAACUGCGUCGAACAAGUUCAGCCCUUUUCUGAUCUACCGAUAAAUUUGCGCGGUUUGGUGUCUUAACAAGUUUUGUAUCAGGAACAUUUGCUUGCAUGUUGAUUGGGCUCCAGGAUUCAUAUGAACAGAGUAGGAGCUCAGCAGUCUGCUGUUGUUGCUGCUGCUUCUGUUCCAAGGUUUCACUCUGCAACUUAUUUGCAAUAUAAUGAACACAAGAGUGGUGUGGUAGGUAUCACAUCUCUCUUUUGGCUUC